GGGUGAGGAGGGGUGGAGGUGGGCGCAGAGCGCGCACGCGCUCUGGUGCGCUGUGUCGCCCCGUCCGCCCUACUCUUCUCUGCGGGUCACGCUCGCUGAACCAUCUUGGCAGACAUCAUCGGGCUGACCUUGGCUGCCUGUUCCGCUCUACUCGUGGCGGGCAGGGAAGGGGCAGGGAACGGGAGAUGGGGGCAGAGUAAGUUGUGCUCUUGCAUUCUUCCGACCCCCCAUUCUCGUCGUACCGAUCAGACGCUGCGGCAGGGAACUCUUCUCCAUGCCGGGUGGUCUAACUUCACCGUCUUCUCCAUUUCUGCCUGCUCUCUUUUGGUUCUUGUCAGUUUAUCUCCUCCUCCUCCUCCUCCAUAGUGGAUGCGACGAGGUGCCACCUCUAAGCGAACGCUGAGCGAAAGGCUACCCAUCCCCGCCCUGCCUAUCCCGGCCUUACGUCGUAGCUGUGCUGCCUCGGCAAGUAAGCGGCACUAAGCUUUCCCGCAACCAUCGCUCGUGCGUCAUUGCUCGCUCCAUCGGCAUGGCUACGUCGGCGUGGCUCCAUCGCCAUGACUCGAACCAGAUAGCUGUACUUGGCUUUCCCAGAACCAUUGCCCCAUUGCCAUCGCUCGGUCGAUGGCGCCAUCGGCAUGGCUCGGUCCACCGGUAUGGCUCCAUCGCCAUGGCUCGGUCCAUCGACAUGGCUCCAUCGCCAUCGCUCGUCUUCGUCGCUCAUCGUCAUUGCUUAUCGUCAUCGAUGUACCUUAUCAUUUUGGCGGUGGUUCGAACGGGGUCGUUCUUGGCAAGUCCGUUAAUAUCUCUGGAAGUAAUCUGCUGGUCAAACGGACUCGUCGCACCGCCGUGUGCUCUGACUGAAGAUGGCAACGCACAGGUCAAGGAGCUAUUGCGCCCCAUGAGCUGUCGUUUGCCGCCGUCCCUUUUGUCUAUGGUACCGUUGCGGACUCGAUCGCUCGCCGAUUUGUAGCUUUAAGGUGUGGAGCGAACCGUGAAACAGUGCCUCAGUUCGGAUUGUUCUUUGCAACUCGGAAACAUGAAUGCAGUUGGAAUCGGCUGUCAUAGCCGCGGAAUCGAGCUAUUUUGCCCCAUCAGCUGUUUUCCGCCAGCGUCCUUUCAAUUAGUCGCGUUGGUGUACUGAUCUCUCGCGGGUUUUUUUAUUACGUUAUUAUGGUACUCUUUUCGUCCAAGGAAACGCGGACGCUGGGGAGUUUGAAUGGGGUGACCCGCACUUGGGACCCAGCGGACCUCCGGGAAUGCCGAAGGUCGGAAAGAAAUAGCAGGGAAAGGUACUGGUGGUUUAAGGGCAUGAAAGGGAGUGCGCCGGUUUUAACGUCUUUGUGAACAUGUCUAAAACAAACCACAACCUUCGGC